CAAGUCACGUGAUCCUUUAUCGAACGGUUACUUUUACCGUUCUCCCUGACGCAGCUCCAAAUAUUCCGCUAUUCGAAUGUUCUAAAGCACUUGCUUUAUUAUUUCUCCUAAAAUUUAUGCUUGUUCCUCUUUGCUCUCUGCGCUCUCAGUUUUGUAUUAUCAACGAUAUUUGAACUUUAAAAAUAAUAGUCUGCUUUUCCUUUAAACUUUCAGAUUGUUCCACAUUCGAAAAGUGUUCGAUUCGACAAAUGUUUUUUCUCGGAAAUCAAUGAACUGGAUUGCUCCUGAAACAUGAUGGUGAUAGGUGACGAAGCAUAUUGUUAGUUUAUUCAGUUUUUUCUUUUUAAAGUUUGAAUAGAGUUUGCUUUAAUGAUGGAUGAGAAAAUAUUAAAUACCAUUUCAAAAUCAAUUGGUUUUGAACAAGUUCGGACUAAAUUAUUUCACCGCAUUCGUCUCUUUAAAUUCACUUGACUAGCCAUAUUAUAUUGAAAGAAGACAAUCAGUUUUUUUCCAAAGCUAUUUUAAUUUAAUUAUCUUUGUUAAAAUUACCUCGAAUUUUGUUAAAAAAUAUACAUUGAUUAAAGAGAACAAAUUUCUGACUUGGAACUUGGCAGAAAUUUUUUUUUGUUUACUUUCUUUUUUAAUUUUUUUUUUAAUUGUUAAAAUUAUUUUUAGAUUCUAGAGCGAAUUUAAUUUAAAUAUUUGAAAAAUUUAAGAGUGCAGGAUUUACUUUUUAAAAUUUAAUUCACUUAUUUUUAUUUUCUAUGUUAAAAGUAAUUUCUUUGCAUUUAUGAUGUUCAAAUCGUUGAAAAUUUGCCAUUUUGUGAAUCUUCGAAGAGAUGCAAAGAUCAAACCAAACUCUCUUUGAAAAGAAAAAGUUUGCUUAAAGAGAAUUUUGCGAUGGAGAAGAUAUCCCUUCAAAAAAUGGACAGUGAUUCAACUCCAGACAGUGGUGUCAAGCCUGGCCUUAAUGGAGAACUGAGUUUUAAUUUUGAAGCAAGUUCCAAAGAUCGAGCUUUAAUAUAUGAAGGCCCCAAAGAUUAUCGAACUCUCUUUUGGGAACACAAACACACAACUAUCACUCUAUGUUUUGUGUUCUGGUCUUUUGGAACGUGUGUAGCUUUCUUAGGUCCCACUUUGCUAGAUUUAGGCUGCAAAACUGGAACGGUAUUUUCAACCAUGUCUUUUGUGUUCUUCAGCCAAUCUUUAUUUAUUUUGCUGGGCUCUGCUUGUGCUGGAUUCAUGCUGAAGAGGUUUUCCAAGGAACUAAUGCUGUUGGUCGGAACAACAAUGAUGGCAUUGUCUAUGGCGUCCAUCCCACUAUGCAAUGCCUUAUGGGCCUUGGCCAUUGUCCUGGCAGUUAUGGGAUUUUUUAUGGGUACAAUCGACACGGUGGCCAAUGUAACAAUGAUCUGCAUGUACGGAAAAGAUGUCUCCCCUUUCCUACAGGCUUUGCACUUUUUUUAUGGAGUCGGUGCCUUUCUCAGCCCCAUGAUAGCUCAACCUUUUCUGCUGAAUGAAGACUGUUCACCAUUUAUUUCAAAUGACACCGAACCUCUGUUUCCGGAAGAUGAGAAUGAAGUUCUGCCAGCAUCGACACUGGAGGAGGCCAGGAACAUGACAGAAAUCGAUUAUGCCUUCAUUAUUAUGGCUCUCACAAUGGUUCCAGUCGUUUUGCUGGCUUUUUCACUUCUUGGUAAGAAGCACUGCUUGCAGUGGAUGGGUGGAGGAUCUAAAAACAAAGAUGAAAAGCUGACGAAAGAUUACGAGAGUAUGGAAGAUGCGGAGAAUCACUGUGGAUCAGAUCAAUCCCCUAGAAGUUUAUAUCAAGUGGUGAUCGUCACAGUUCUUUCUGCCAUAUUAAUGUUCCUUUAUGAUGGAUUGCAGGCAGCUUAUGGAGGUUUUAUUUAUUCAUACGCUGUGAAAGGCCCGAUUAAAGUUCAUAAAUCUCACGCAGCUUAUUUGAAUGCCCUUUUUUGGGGUAUGUUUGCGUUAGGCCGUUUAUUCUCAAUCGUUCUGGCAACUAAACUUUCAUCCUCUUUUAUGUUGUUCUGUAACAUUAUGGGUUGCACUGCAGGACUUCUUCUUAUGCUUUCUCUAAGAUACAACUACGUAGUCUUAGUUUUCGGAACGUGCAUUAUUGGGGUUUUCAUGAGCAGCGUAUUCCCAACUGCACUCUCACUCACAGAGCAAUAUAUACACGUCACACCGACAACAACGAGUAUCCUUGUGUUUGGAGCUGCUGUUGGAGAAAUGACAAUGCCCGUUAUCAUUGGCCAUGAGUUUGAGAGAGCUGGUCCAACGAGUUUUCUGGUGAUAGGGAUGAUCCUCUGCUUCAUUUCAAUUAUUGCAUAUAUGACACUGUGGCUUGUCGGACUCACACUCCUCAAACCAGACACCACUCCAGGUAUCAUGGUGUUCUUUGCCAAAGUGAUGCCCCAAACAGUUCAAAAGAUGGAAGGAGAGAAUACCAAUCUAGUCAAUCAAAAUGUGCAAUAUUAUUCUCGUAUGAAUAACAGCGCACCCCACAGUCCGGAUCAGAGUCCAGAAGGUGUUGUGAGUUUCGUGAGGAAAGAAAACGAAGCAGCUCACUGAAAAGGACACGGAUAUAAUUUACAGAGAAAAGAAAUAUAUUUAUUCAUUUGUUGAAUUAAGAGACUUUAAAUUAUUGUACAAAAUGACGAUUAAAUCAUUUACAAUGAAA